AUGGAUGGCUUGGACGCUUCAGAAAUACUCAAUCAUUUGAACCAUCUUGGAUAUCGUAAUAUUACUGUCGCGCAACUAAAAGAAUUUCAGAGUGACCUGAAAAAGUUAAUUAAAUUUGAUACCAAACUAAACGCCGAAGAGGAAUGCAGAGAUCCAAAAGUAGCUUCAAAUGAGGAAAAUGUUUUUGAGCGAUUGUAUGAUAAAAAAACCGCUAGUUUCCAAGCGAAAUCCAGUCGGCCGUCGAAACAAAUUCAGACUACCACAUGCUUGAUUUCGGACAAAGAAAACCAAACAACAAAUCACAAACAAGCAACAAACAUAAAGAGUAAAAUGUGGAUAAGACCAAAAAGUAGUCAGAUGAUGCGAAGAGGCGAUCCUGUGGCACUGUAUCAUUCAUAUCAGAAUGAUUGGAAUAAAUUCAAACAGAAUCUACCAGGCGAGAAUGAUCAUUCUGAGUUACGGUGGAAAAUCAGAAGCAAAUUAUUGGGAGAGAAAACAUGAUGAGAUUUAGCAACAGAAAUAAAUUACACAAAUGUAUGACU